AUGGCAAGCAAUCAGACCUCACAGGACUUGAAUGGCGACGACCAGCGCGCAGCCGGCGACGCUGGACAUGAGACCAACCUAGAGAGAUCGGCCCAGAUGGGCGUGAUGGAAGAUGAGGAUGAGACGGAGGCCGUACAAUCUGUUGAGCGAGGAGAAGAUGCCGCUCAAGACCGACCUUCAUCCCGACAAUUGCCAACAGGGCAACCUCUCAAUGCAAGUGAGGCUCUGCCAGAAUUCACGCGGUCAGGUCGCCAUGUCAGACUGGCCCAUGACCACGCGAUCCCCAACCAGCCAAGAACGAUUGGGAGCGGAGCAGACGCCGGAAGCAAUCUGAUGGCACUGUUCGGAGACGAAACAACGCCCAGGACAAUGUACAACCUUGUCGUCGAGGAGGGCAGGGCGGGCAACGAUGCCUGGCGUGGAUAUCCCCCUGCAACCCGAGUCAUCCCAGCACGGUUGACUCUUGAAGAGAUCUGCCGUUGGUACCCGAACCACGUUUGGGGCACGGGGCUUCGCCUGUUUGCGUCGGAAGGGUGGAAAGCCAAGCGGAUUUUUGAAAACCUUCCGGCCAACGCCCGCAACCAUGGCGCUGGAUCGCGGCCGUGGAACUAUCUCCAGGCCAGAGUGCUGAGGGAGAAGAAGGCUCUGUACGAGGAACAGACGAAGAAGAAAUGGAACCCCGUCCCAAAGAGACCGAGCGCAAUCGCAUCUCCGAAUCGCAACGCGCCAGAACGGGUUUCUGCGCCGGCAACGCAGCAAUAUUCCGUCCAGCCGCAGCAACAGCAGCCGCAGCAACAACCUCCUCUUCCUCGUCGCCGUCAUCGCUCUUCCUCUAUUUCACUCAGCCAGGACCGGGACCUUGCUCCUCCACCAUUUCCAUUCCGGCAACAGCUACGACAGCCGCAGCAGUCGCAGCCGCAGCCGCAGCAGCCUCCAGCGAACGGUCGUCCUCCUCCAGAGACAGAAUUGCAGCGACUCGAGAGACUGACCAUCAUCGAGCGCACACGUGUGUUGAACAUUCUCAUCAGAUUCAACCAGAUCCAGGGCGUCAUGUUCCCCCGGACAACCGGAGAACAGCAAUUCAAUGAGCACGAGAGUGCGUUCGUCCUCCGCCUCAACACACAACUGGCCCGUCGCGUCCCGGGGGUCCCCUACUGGACGCACCCGAUCGACAUAAUCAGGGUGUUGUGGCAGCAGGACAACUUCCGAGACGUCGCGCACAACGAGACCAUGCCCGAUUACAUGGACAGGUCGAACCGCGCCGCGAGGAGGAUUUACCUGGCCAACUUACGGCACUGGGGCGUGAGGUGGGAGCAGCUGAUCCAGCAGAUGAUGUGGCAGGUGCAGCAGCAGCAGCAGCAGCAGCAGCAGCAGCAGCUCCUCAUGGGGCCUCCGUGA